CAUGUUGAAUCCCUCCCUGUCUGUUUUUCUUUCAGUGAACUUCCAGUUAAGGGAAGUGAGUUUGUUAGCGUGGGCAGAAAGUCCGUGAUUAAACGCUGCAAACCAAACGCUCUACACCCCGUAACUAGAUUUCUGGAUUAAACUUCACACCUAUUUUUUAUUUUUUUUGGAGGAUUUACACACCUACAGGAGGCAUGUCCGGACUUGUGCAGACUCCCAGCAAAAACGCUGUCAUAAAAGAAUUUCAGUAACCAGAGAAGCUUCUUAUUCCUCUGAAGACAAAGAGAUCAUUAUAGCUGAUUGGCAUCAUUAAGGAGUCACAAGCUGCAGGAGGGGAUGGAGAACUAACAGACGCGACAGCAGUCCCUCGGUGAAGAAAAAGAGGAAGUAGUAACCAAGAUGGCAUCACAGAAAGGGAAGGAUCCAAACAGCAACAGUGACCAAUCAGACAGUAGGUUAAAGAACAAGAAGCCUCCCAGCCUGGUGAUUGCAAUCCCACCUAGCGAGGCUCAAGAGAGAACUGUGAAAGAGUCAAAGCCUUUAAGACCAUCAGUAAAGAAAAGUGUCAGUAUUCAGCAGUCAACCGAGGAAUUGUCAGACAGAUGGGCGACCGAGAGGAGAGCAGCGUUCCGCAGACAGACAUCUCUAUCUCAGAGCAUCCGCAAAAACACGGCACAGUGGUUUGGAGUCGGUACAGACUGUGAAAGUCAGCAGCAGGUGUGGCAGCGGAAGAGUCUGCGCCACUGUAGUCUGCGUUACGGCCGUCUGAAACCUCAGUACAGAGACCAACAUGAGGCAGCAAGUAUCGACCACAGCCUCGACUCACCUGCUGCUCACAAGAUGCCAAAGAUUGUGGACCCUCUGGCCCGUGGACGUCAAUUCCGUUACGACGAAGUGGACCGGCCACGGACACCACAUGUUGCUCAUGCUCCUCCCCCUCAGACCCCAGGGGUCUCUUCUCUGUGCUCCUUCACCAGUCAGCGCUCUACUCACUCUCGGGUUCCACGUAGGAAGAGAGAGUCUGUGGCCCGCAUGAGCAUACGUGCAGCCUCCAACCUACUCAGGGGACGUCCUGGCCUGCAUGGAACCCAGCUGCCUCGAAGCGUCCCCCGGAGGAGUUUUGUUCGGCCCAGCUGGAUGGAGGAGGACACAGUGGACACAGCAGACACCUCCGACUCAGUGUUCUUUAGCAAGAUGGAUGCACAUGAGGACUUUUACUCUAUGGCAGAUGAUGUGUUCGAGUCCCCGCCCCUGUCCGCUUCAUUGGCUGUGGAUGGUUUGGUAGAUGAAGCAGGACGCUACCCCAGCUUUAAGGAUAUCAGCCGUGCUCCAGCUGCGAUAGUAAGCCCCGCCCUUCGCCGCGGAGGCCGAAUUGCGUCCCGAGUAAAGCACUUUGCCUUUGAUAAGCACAAGCGUCAGUAUGGCCUGGGUGUGGUGGGGAAUUGGCUAGAUCGUCACUAUCGGCGGAGCCUGAGCAGCCAAGUGCAAAAACAGUUGGAUGACUUCCACAGCCACAGACCAUAUUUUACCUACUGGAUCACCUUUGUGCACAUAGUCAUCACUUUGCUGGCCUGCUGUACGUAUGGCUUCGCUCCGGUCGGUUUCGCCCAGCACACCAUCACUCAACUAGUGCUAAAGAACAAAGGGGUGUAUGAAAGUGUGAAGUAUGUUCAACAGCAGAAUUUCUGGAUCGGCCCAGGAUCCGUAGACCUGAUCCACCUGGGAGCGAAGUUUUCACCCUGUCUUAGAAGAGACGAGAAGAUAGCUACGCGCAUGCAACGUGACAAAGAUGAGGAAAAGGAUUCUGGCUGCUGUGUGCAAAAUGAUAAUUCUGGAUGUGUACAGACGCUUCGGAAAGACUGCUCGGAGACAUUGGCCACCUUCAUUAAAUGGAACAAAGAGAAUGCUGAUAUCAAUCGUUCCUCAGGGGCGGUGUGCCAUCAGGACCCCAGGACAUGUCAGGAGCCUGCCUCAGCAGAGCCGCACGUUUGGCCUGAUGACAUCACACAUUGGCCGAUCUGUACAGACAAAGGCACAUGGAACCACACGGGUUACCGGCACAUGGACUGCAACAUCAGGGGUCGUCCGUGCUGUAUCGGGACCCAAGGAAGAUGUGAGAUUGCCACGCGGGAAUACUGUGAGUUCAUGCAUGGCUACUUCCAUGAGGAGGCCACGCUCUGCUCUCAGGUUCAUUGUCUAGAUGAGGUGUGUGGCCUCCUGCCAUUUUUGAACCCAGAGGUUCCGGACCAGUUCUACCGACUCUGGCUUUCUCUCUUCCUGCAUGCAGGUCUCCUGCACUGCCUGGUGUCCGUAGUCUUCCAGAUGACUAUACUCCGAGACCUGGAGAAACUUGCUGGCUGGGUACGCAUCUCCAUCAUUUACAUUCUCAGUGGGAUCACAGGAAACCUAGCAAGUGCUCUCUUCCUGCCGUACAAAGCAGAGGUGGGUCCAGCAGGCUCUCAGUUUGGUCUGCUAGCGUGCCUGUUUGUGGAGCUCUUUCAGGGCUGGCAGAUGUUGGAGACACCAUGGAAUGCCUUCUUCAAGCUACUUGGCGUUGUCCUCUUCCUCUUCCUUUGUGGCCUGCUGCCAUGGAUUGACAACAUUGCCCACAUCUUUGGCUUCCUCAGUGGCUUGCUGCUGUCCUUCUCCUUUCUGCCUUACGUCACCUUCGGCACCUUUGACAAGUACCGCAAACGUGUGCUCAUCAUCCUGUCAAUGCUCGUGUAUGUGGGCCUGUUCUCCUCGCUCAUCGUCUGGUUCUACAUCUACCCCAUCAACUGGAAAUGGCUUGAGUAUCUCACCUGCAUCCCCUUCACCAGCAAAUUUUGUGAACGCUACGAUAACGAUCCAUUCGGCCACUAAGACGAUAGAAGUUUUAACAAUUUGCUAGCCAGAGGACAGAGGGUUUGCUGCCUGUGUGCUACCUCGCAUGCAAAUCCAAAUAAAUAUUGACCAAGUGUGGUGGAAGCCAAGUACUGUAAAGGAUCAAGAAGUAAGGCAUGUUUUGUGUCAUUAUCAAGUCAGUUAAAUUUACGCUUGAGGUCCGGUGAUGUGUGCAGAACUUGCAAUUCAGGAGCUUUUGGUACAAUAUUUGUACUGAUGCACCAAUUUCUUAUUGACACUAAAUACUACAUCAGGUUACUUCCUGGUCAACUUUGCUUUAAACUAGUAUUAUUUUAUUUGAGUGCUAUAUUCUUACAUAAUAGAACACUGUAGCAGAUAAAGAAUGAUGCUUGUGUCUAUAUGUUUUGGUUGAUGGAAUACUCCAGCAUUGUUUAACCAAUCUUGCUCCAUUUUUGAAAGGUUGACAUAGAUAAGGUUGGUGCUGCAAUAAUUAUUCAUUCAUCCGCAGCAAUUGCUGCUGGUUAGGGUGGAUUUGGAGCCUGUUACCGGAGCACUUGAUGUGAGGCAGGAAUACACUCUGAAUAGGAUACCAGUCUAUCUCAGGGCACAAUACACUCAUUCAGCCCUAUGAACAUAAUCUUGUGGAGAACAUGUGAAACUCCACUCCCAGUAACCCACGCUGGGGAACCAGGAGGUGUGAGGCAACAGCACUUCCUCCUGCACAAACCUCCAGCUGUUAUAGCAUCCUUAACCAAACACACUCCUUGCUUCUGGGAUAGUGCUCUCAAAGUUAUUUCUGUUGUUGUUGUAGUGUACAUUUCAAGUAUUACCCUAGGUUAAAGUCCACCAAACUCAAAAUCAACCAAUAUAUAUAGUUCCAGGGGCAUAAAAAGAACGCUAAUCCAUCUUUAGUGGACCUUAAGGUCUAAAAGUUAAGCACUAAAGGUGCAGAAGAUGCACACUUGAGGGUACAACCCCAGCCCUCAUGUGUGCAUCGUCUGUACCUUUAAUACUUUUAUAUGAUUUACAUUUUUAACACUUUUAGAAAAAUAAUUAGGCCUUAAGGCCCUCUAAAGCUGGAUUAGCAUUCUUUUUAUGCCCCUGAAACUAUUGGGGGGGAUUUUAAGUCACAGCAAGUUUGAAUUGCUUUCCCUUCAGUAGCCGCCUUCCUUCCUUCUUCGUAAUCCAGAGAUGAUGAUUGAUGUUUGUAUACGGGAACUCGAACCUUAUUUUCUGGCUAUGGUCUUUCCAUGUGACCCUUCUGAGAUUCUCUUAGUCCCAUAUCUUUAGAUUUAAAGGCUUAAAUUAUGGAGUUAAUGUCAUCAGAAGAUUUCCUCAUAGAUUUGACCCAAUUAAGAUCCAGGUGACCACAAGUCAGGUUUUAGAUCAAUAGCUUCUUUUUUUUUCUUUUCUUUUUUUUGUGAAGAAUAUUUUAAAGGUUUUUCAGCAUACAAUUUAGUUACAAGAAGGAGUUGUUCUAGAGGAGGCCUCCCUGCCAACACCAGUUGUUUUCUGACCGUGUAAGCACCUUACAUUUAUAGGGGUGCAGUUUUUAACUCGUGAUAAUAGUUGUGAAACACUUGAUGAAAUUCAACAGUUGACCUUUAACUUCGUAUUCCUAAUUCUAAGCGAAGUUUUUCUUUUUAUGUUUCUAUUCCAGGGAAAAUGUCCGUAUUACUUUAAGGCAAAAUCCCAUGCAGAACAUUUUCAGUAGUUCAAGAUUAUGUUGAAUAAUGCUGGAAUGUCCCUAUAAUUUUUCUUCAUGUCCAGGUAUAACUGUUAUGUCACCAGGGUAUACCACUACCAUACCAAGAAACUUCUUAUGCCUAUAAAUACUUGAGUUAUUGUGUUACUAGGGACAGAGAAUUAUUAAGCAUACCCAAACACCCACAAUUUGAAGCAUGGCUGUGGAGAUUUGUGCUUUUUUAGCAACAAGAGUAUUAGUGAGGUCAGGUGGGGAAGUCUGGAGUGCAGUCAGCAUUCCAGUUCAUCCUGAAGGUGUUCAGUGGGCUAAGGUCAGGGGUGUAGGACAAUUGAUUUCUACAAUAACCUUGAAAAACCAUGUUUUCUUGGAGCACACAUUGCACAGUGGCAUUACCAUGCUGGGACAGAUUUGAGUCGUUAAAAGAAUUUGUAAUCUUAUGCCAUGCAAAGACAUGAUACACACUUGUGGCAGCAGUUUCUGGAAGUCCAACAUAUGAUCGUGAUGAUCAGGUAUCCACAAACAUUUGGUUAUACAUUAAAUACUAGUUUACUUACCUUUGUAGAUAGAAAUCACUUACCACAGGCUUCUGCUUAUCCUUCAGCUCAGACUGAUGCUAAUACAGUUUAUUUUAGGUUGUUGUAAAUGGUCACGUGAUCUCAGCAGCACUCGGAAAUCUGAAAGUUCACUUUAGACAAUAGAGCAAAAGUCUGUCUGUGAUUGUGAAUUACACUUUCAUACCAAGAUGGUAUUUCCUCAGGUUUUAAUAUUAUUGAUGUUUAAUUUUACACAGGAGAGAGGAGGCUUUUAUCUGAACCUGUUUGGAAGGAGACUCCAGUGUUGAUGCAUGGAGAAAUUUGCUGUUUCUUGGUUAACUUUAAUAGAGAGAUGAAAAAGAUGUAGGUGAGGGAAAGACCGUGGUUAAAGGAAUUGUGCAGAUCUUCCACAAUGUCUAAUGUGGUGCUAACUGUACCCUUUUGUUGAUUUUGUAAAAUCAUAAAACUGAAUUUGUAUAAAUAAAAUAGUUAGCAUUAGCAAAUGGCUGUGGUAUCAAUAGAAUAAAACACUUUUUGAUUCUUUUCCUAUAACAUUAUGUGCGACCUAUUUAAUUCCUUUCAUAUUUAGUAGAAUUUCACUGAACUUGAAUAAUUCAUUUCUCAUAAUGAGGAAUAGUAAUGUUAUUGUCAAAUGAGGAAUUCCUAUCUCAAUGUUCUCAUAUAAAUCUAAUAAUAUCUGAGCUUUCAGAACACAAUUCUGAUCUCUCCAGCAAUCUCACUUAUGUCUGCUGAUGAGACAUUGUGGUCUCUGUAUGUGUCUGGCUUGUAGAGAGAGAAACCAUUGCAUGUAAUGGACUAUGACCUGAUUGGGAUGAUCUCACAACAGCAGGCUUUGAGUAGUCAUGUUCAAUCAUCAGCUCAAUGCAGCAAAGCUGGAUUAGCGUCUGCUGUGCAACACAUCUGAGGACAGAAGACACGGUGCAAACUUGUCUGCCAUGCACAACACUCUAUAUGAGAACUGGAUGUUCCAGCAUGUGUCGUCGUCAUGCAGGUUACUGCAGACCAAAUAAUGAUACAUACUGUUUGUGGCCUGUGAUGCAGCACUUGACUUCCUGGGUGGACUCAAAUGUUUACAUUACUGUGUUUAAAUAACCAAAUGUAUUGUUUUGUACAUGUAGUUAUCACUUUUGUAUAUUUUAAAAUCAAACUGCCAUUACAUUUCUGGUUUGAAAUAAUUUUUCUACUUUUACUUUAAAUGGUACUGUGCCUUAUAAAUGUAUAAAUAAAAAGGGAAAGGAUGAUCUUUACAUUUUCAGGUUAUGAAAAAAAAAAGUAAUGUGCAUUAAAUGUUCUGGACCAAACUCUA